AGUCACUUCCCUCGUCAGCUCUCUUGUGGGCUUGCGCACCUGACCACUUGGUAUGUACAUCGGCGAUUCGGCGUCGCGAUUCUCGUUAGUAGUUUUUCCCCUCGAAAAAUGGUUAUUACGUACGGAGUAGUAGUUAGUAGUUUCCCCGAUCCACAUCGACUAAAGAAAAUACAACUCCGUUCAUACUUUCUUUUUUAGUAGAUCGAAUCACCUCGAAAUUGGAAUUACUUCGCCGGGUUUGUACCAAUCCGCUUUCGAGAUAUCGAGUUUCGGGGUAUCAAAACUACACAUUUGUAGAUUGAGUGGAGAGGAUUAAAAACUAGAAGUCUAGAAUGGUGUUGGUUCUAGCGAUCGGAGAUCUGCACAUACCUCACAGAGCCGCUGAUCUUCCGGCGAAGUUCAAGUCGAUGCUCGUCCCAGGAAAGAUUCAGCACAUAAUCUGUACUGGAAAUCUCUGCAUCAAAGAAGUUCAUGAUUACUUAAAGAGUUUAUGCCCCAGCUUGCAUAUAACUAGGGGUGAGUACGAUGAAGAAUCUAAGUACCCAGAGACAAAGACUCUUACCAUUGGACAAUUCAAACUUGGUUUUUGUCAUGGUCAUCAGGUAGUUCCAUGGGGAGAUCUGGACUCACUAGCCAUGGUGCAGAGGCAGCUAGAUGUGGACAUAUUGGUGAGUGGGCACACCCACCAGUUUAAGGCAUACAAACAUGAGGCCGGAGUUGUGAUCAACCCUGGUUCUGCGACUGGGGCACAUAGUAGCAUCACCUAUGAUGUCAACCCUAGUUUUGUUCUGAUGGACAUUGAUGGUCUCCGCGUAGUGGUAUACGUCUAUGAACUCAUUGAUGGAGAAGUCAAGGUUGACAAAAUUGAUUUCAAGAAGACUGCUGCACCCCCAUCUACACCCACUCUUUGAUGAUUCCUGCCACCAAAACUGUAGUCUGCCCUUUUUUAAAGGACUCCGUUCCUGUUUUUUUAAAGGACUCCGUUCCUGUUUGAUCAUUAUUAGGACUUUUUGCCAACCUGAACAAUAUAAAAGUUGCUACAAUCACAGGUAACAAUAAUAUGCUUUUUUAUGGAGUGUGGUAGACUGGUAGUAAAGGAUGGUUUUGAAAUACUCCUCUGUCCAGCAAUAUCAACUUUUUAAGAAACAAUACGUAGUGUGUACUAUUUUUCUCACAUGUACAGAAGCAUUAUCAUACAAUUUUCACCUACUUAUGUCUAGCGUUAGUCAAAACAUUUGCGGGAAGGAUUGGAUAUUUGGAUCAACAAGUAGUUGGAUCUUUUUUUUUUCGUUUCCAACAAAA